UUUAGCUUCAUUCGCCGCGCCGGGAUCGUACUUACACGUACACAAAAGCGGGCAGACUCACGACCGGCGCGAAAUAGUUGUCCAAAAGAUGAUUUCCUAGUGCCGUUUUACGUAUUUUAAUUGUGAUUGUUGUAUUCUCCCACACUACAGAUCACACAGCGUCUUUACGAUGAAAAUGCCCGUGGAACAAGUGCAAACGGAAGACCUGAAGGCGUUUGAGCGUAGGUUGACUGAGUACAUUGCAAAUCAGCGACCACACUCAUGGUGCUGGAGAGUUGUCCUGAUCCUCAUUUCAACCAUCACAGCACUCGGCGCAUGGAAUUGGUUGCUGGACAAGGAAACGUCACAAGUGUCGUUCAUACAAUCUCUACACAACCAUCCCUACUUCGCUGUCAGUGGUCUCUGUCUGAUACUUCUCUUCUUGUGUGGAAUUCACAAACGUGUAGUGGCACCCGCGAUAAUUACAGCAAGAUGUCGAUCAGUCCUAGCAGACUUCAACAUGUCGUGUGACGAUACGGGGAAACUUAUACUCAAGCCUCGAUCAAUGUGACAAGAGCUGUGACUUCACAUGAACUUUCUACUUGGGACAUUAACUCCAUCAUUUAAAAACUCUCACACCCCCCCCCCCCCCCCCCCCCAGUCCAACAUUCUACUUACAUUGUAAGUUGUGGUCGCGCAUGACCUUCGGGCUCAUCCCUUGCUCCCGACACGGAUUAAUCAUUAUAUCACAAAAUCUUAUGAAGGAAACACAAAGUAUUGUGGGUAAUCCUAUUCCCCUGAACAGAUCCUACCCAUCCCCUUCUGUCGUAGUAAUCUUACUUUUUAGGGAUCACCCCAAAAAAAGGGAUAGAUUUAAUGAUCUCACUGAAUUUCCCAGUUUGUAAAUAACUUGUACAAAGUUGUACAUUGUUAAUGUAUACAUUGCCAUUGCUUUGUCAUUAUUUUCAUCAAAUAUAAUUGUGUCCAGCCAACAAUUUUAUUUAUUAAGAGUCACUUAAGAAAAAAUAAUUUUCCUUUAUUUCAAUAUUUCAAGAAAUGAAUGAAUUUACAGGAUGAAAUUUAUGAAUAAAAACAAAAAUUAUGCUUGAAGUAGUUUUAAUGGCUCUAAGAGUUCAAAGACAUAAAACACAUAAAACAAGGAAAAGAGACUAUGGAAAUUAUAGAAAGUUAGAUAUCUAUGACACUGUUUUAUUGUCAGUUUUGGAGUGAAUUCUACAAAUCAUGAUUUAAUUUGUUCCAUGUACAU